UUACAACAGGUACUUCUAGUUAGGCCAAGUUCAGUCACAGACACUGAUUUGGACUAAAAUGAUAUGGGCAGCAGCCAAGGAGAACAUCAUCAAAGACUUCUCUAGACUCAAGAGCCUUCCACGUUCUACAACUUGAGCAUCUUCUACCACUCCGAAUUGGACUAGUCUUCAAAGUAAAAGGCAAUGGCAUUUUAUCCCUUGCAAAUUGCUGGGCUGGUUCUUGGGUUCCUUGGCAUGGUGGGGACUCUUGCCACAACGCUUCUGCCUCAGUGGAGAGUAUCAGCUUUUGUUGGCAGCAACAUUAUUGUCUUUGAGAGGCUCUGGGAAGGGCUCUGGAUGAACUGCAUCCGACAAGCCAGGGCCCGGUUGCAAUGCAAGUUCUAUAGUUCAUUGUUGGCUCUUCCGCCUGUCCUGGAAACAGCCCGGGCACUCAUGUGUGUGGCUGUUGCUCUCUCCUUGAUCGCUCUACUUAUUGGCAUCUGUGGCAUGAAGCAGGUCCAGUGCACGGGCUCUAAUGAGAGGGCCAAAGCAUACCUUCUGGGAACUUCAGGAGUCCUCUUCAUCCUGACGGGCAUCUUCGUUCUGAUUCCGGUGAGCUGGACAGCCAAUAUAAUCAUCAGAGAUUUCUACAACCCAGCUGUCCACAUAGGUCAGAAACGAGAGCUGGGAGCAGCACUUUUCCUUGGCUGGGCAAGCGCUGCUGUCCUCUUCAUUGGAGGCGGUCUGCUUUGUGGAUUUUGCUGCUGCAACAGAAAGAAGCAAAGGUACAGAUAUCCAGUGCCUGGCCACUGUGUGCCACACACAGAUAAGCGAAGAGACAUGAAAAUGCCUAGUAAUACCUCCACCAGUUAUGUCUAAUGCCUGCUUUUGGCUCCAAGUGUGGACUAUGGUCAAUGUUUGUUAUAAAGUCCUGUUAGAAAGUGUAAGUAUGUGAGGCAGGAGAACUUGCUUUAUGUCUAGAUUUAAAUUGAUAUGAAAGUUUCAAUUUGUUACUGGUAGGAAAACUUGGACAUUCUGACUUCAGGUGUAUUAAAUGCAUUUACUAUUGUUGGACUCAAUCGCUGUUCCAAUGUUCAUAUUCUAAAUGUAAGUAUACCCAUGAAUCAUUAUCAAGUGUACAAUGAUGGACUACUAGUUUUUGACCAUCAUAUCUUAUCUGAUAAGAAUCAAAAUUUGAAAUCGAUAUUCUAUAACAAUAAAACAUAUACCUAUU